AUGGACCCAACCAAACCUCUCGUCAUCCCACAUACAGAAUCUCUACGUCGAAAACCAGACUAUUAUUGGCCAGGAGCACAACACUACGAUCAAUAUGGACGUUUACUGGACCUCAUGUCCCGGCCCGCGCUGAACUUGCAUGCCCUCAUGACUCUCAUCAAUAAGCACGAAGAAGUGGGGUGCCGUCUAAACCUGGAUGACCCAGAGGACGACCAUCACAUUAGUACUGGGGUGGGCGAGAAGCGCCGCCUCGCGACUUCCGCCACAUCAUCGACCUCCCAUACCAGUAUUCGUAGUGGUCGCGGCAAACACAGAAAGGUAAUGGAUGAGCACGCGCACAAUGGUGUGAUUGUUGGCAGAAGUGCAUAUCCAUUCAUCCCACACCAGCCGAACGCUUCGGCUCUGGCAUGCACUCUUGGACCUUCGUGCUCAUUUCUGCCUGCCUUCCAUUGGUCCGUGGACAUCAGCUUUGUAAGGCAAGCUGAAAUUGGCGAUGACCACGUGGAUGACGCCUCUGCCGAAACACUCGGAUGGCUCCAGGAAGAGGAAGACGUCAUUUCACUGGUCAAGUCACUGAGAGAGGGUGCCGGCGCCACUGUUAUGAACUUGGGAAGCUUCUACUCCACGCAAUACCGUGGGCACAAUGUGGCCAUCACAGGUGACCUUCGGUCAGGCGAAGGCGGACCGACGGUCGAUCCAUGGUUGUUCCUCUUCCCCAAGGUUGAGUGGCCGGACGGUCUCCAUUCCGAAGAGCUGCAUAACUAUGGCAUUCAAAACUCGAAUAUCCAUGCAGAUUUUCUCCUCGGAUGUCGCGCUCUACAAGAAAUAGGGCACGCUAGAAUCGACACCAACCUCGAAAUGCACGUUCUUCCUCAAGGUAGCUAUGACCCUGCCCUAGACAUGCCGUUCCGACUGCGAGCCAAGUUCUCUCUCUCACUCGUUGUGCCGAACGUAUAUGAGCCCAUUCCAGCUGACCGUUCACGCCGGCCGCCAGGUACUUCGGAGGGCUUACGUAGACGGAUAACUGCGUUGCUUGGAGAGGUUCCUCUCGGAAGAUCUCUUUCAUCCAAGUUGUCGAUGCCUGGACAUGACGACGUGAGAGACGUUACGAUACCAUUCUUCUUCGGCGUUCUGCGUUCUGCACCCCAAGUAGCGUCAGGAGUAGACGACGCAAUGCAGCCCGACGCACUCAAUCCAACUCUCCUUCCUUUCCAAAGGCGAACAGUGGCCUGGAUGCUGAACCGCGAAGGGAAAGAUAUGAUGCCAAAUGGAAAAGUCGUACCACGUUCACAAUCUUCUUCCUCAGAAGACACGCUGCUGCUUUGGGAGAAGAUUGUUAUUGGCGGGAAGGAACUUUUCUUCAACAGGUUGUCAAGUAUGGUCAGGCCAGAUCCUCCGGAACCCCAUUCUGCACUUGGGGGAAUUCUUGCUGAGGAACCUGGACUAGGGAAAACCAUCGAGUGCAUUGCAUUGAUGUUGCUGAAUCCAGCCCCUGAGAGAAAUCCUACCCAGAAACGCUGGGACCCAGAAGCGAAACUCUAUGUCAAAGAGAUCAAGACAACCCUCGUUAUCACACCACCUUCUCUUGCUCAACAAUGGGUAGACGAGUUAUCGGCACACGCGCCGUCUCUUAAAGUGCUAGUUUACGAUGGUUGGUCCAAAGUCAAGGUCCCUAUUACUGAGGCGGCUGCAGAAGAGGAACGAGAAAAACGUCGUGCUACCGCCCCACGUAACAACCGGAAAGCAAAAGGGUCAGAGGACGAUGUCCUCGAUUGGUGCACUUACGUCAAUCAGUUCGAUGUGUGUGUCACAACCUACAACGUACUUCGCCUGGAUAUGGUGGUCGCGCGUGCACCACCCAAGCGCCCACGGCGCCAAGACGUGACCUACAGUAACUUGGAGCGGCCGCGCAGUCCGUUGGUGAUGUGUGAAUGGUACCGAGUGAUCAUGGACGAAGUUCAGAUGAUGGGAGCUGGCAAGUCCGAGGAGAUGGUUUCGUUGGUCCCGAGGCUGUCCUCCUUUGCCGUCUCGGGAACCCCUGCUAAGGCACAGGUCGCCGACCUCAUACGGGUAUUGAGGUUCCUUCGCGUCGACGCUGCCGUCGGCUCAACGCAAGCAUGGCAACUUUUCCUCAAGCAUGGCUUCAAGGACCAGUUCGCUGCCUUUUUCCAACAUUACGCCGUCCGAACCCUCAAAUCCGCCGUCAAUGAUGAGUUGACUAUUCCGCAACAGCGGAGGUACCUUGUUGGCAUAGAUCUAGGGCCGGUAGAGCGUCAGGUAUAUGACCAAGUACUGGAAGAGUCACUGGCAGAGCUUGGUUUGGAUGCCCGAGGUGUUGCAACCUAUGAAGGGUGGCAGGCUGAUACCGGCGUCUUACGCAACGUCCUCAGACGGCUUCGUGGAUUAUGUACCCAUCCCCAGGUUGGGCAACUUCAGCGGCAAGGAGACAAACUCGCUAAAACGAGUGCUCUCAAGAGCAUGAGCGAAGUUUUGGAGGCUCUGAGGGACCAGCAUUGGCGUUGUCUCAUGGACGACCGAAAAGCGAAGAUACAUUCGCUGGUUCGCUUAGCGCAACUUCAGCAACAUUGUCAAGACGACCGCAUCCGAUACCAGCAAGCACUGAAUCACCUUCUUGCAGCAGAAAACGAAGUUAACGAACUAAUUACGGAAGUCCAGGCAGCCAUAGCCCAGCACCACCAAAAAGGAGAAGCGCUCAAAAAGGCUGCUCAGGCGCUGCGGGAGUCUCGAAAGCAGAACCUGGCGGAUCAGUCUCAGCCCCUGGCCUCCCACAAGGGAAAGGAGAAGGAAACUGGACGCGAGCCCUCUCCGUUCAGCGAUGAUGGAGACGAAGACGAGGUCGAGGAUCGCGGUCUCCCGAACAAUCCUGCGGGUGAAGAACACCGUACCAAGCGACACGGUCUGCAGCAACGGUUGCGAGAGUGUUGGAUGAUUUUACACAGAGUCAAGUUCUUGCAGGGAGACGUGUACCACGUACUUGGUCCGUCCCUUUCGGAACAAGAAAACGCUUGUUAUACCGCUGCUGAGACGUUAAGAAGGGAUCUUCUCAAGUCUGUCGAAGGCAAUGCGACCAAGGCCAUGCUAAAUUUGCAUAUCGACGAAACUGCCCGUGGGGUGACGGAGCAAGAGUUGCUUAUUAAAUUACCACACUUUACAGGUGGAGGCAUUAAGUCGACUCAUUUGUUCGAGGAAGCCAAUAUGAUCCUCCAAGAACAGCUCAACGAACAAACGACCCUGAUUUGGCAAUGGCGCACGAAGAUCAUUACGCUACUCACUCAGAAGCUGAGCAACACCGAUGAUCAGGCUGAUGGGGAAGAGUACGCACGUGCACUUGACACACAAGGAGAAGCCGAAGUUUACAUGCAAGCCUAUGCUGCACUAUUGGCCGACCGUCGCGAAGCUCUUCUUGCUGAACGCACAUUGCUAGCUGCACAUGAGUCGAGAGAGAAGAAGGAACGACGGACGAGAGCAGCGUUAGAUGCACGUAUACGAGAUGAGGAAGAUGAUGCUUUGGAAAUCCCGGAUGACGUGGAGGUUCAGCCCCAGCACGAAGUGUUGCACAAGUCAUUGAACGAUGAACGCACGGACCUUAGACUGCUGUUCGCCGGUAGAGCUCUUAAGUCAAUCCUGGUCGACCUUUCGGCGGUGGUGGCUAGUAUUCCCCGCGAGGAAGACCCGGAGAAGCUCAUCGCAAAAGAUGGCGUAAGGAUUAUGCGUGGUUUGAUAUCCACCCAAACAUCCUUGAUGGAUAGGCUGGACGCCGACCUGGCACAAAUACGUAAAACGUUUAACGAACGUAUCAUAUACUUCCGUCAACUCCAAGACAUCUCUGAUAGUGUUGUGGACGUCGUAUGGGAAGGCGACGUUCGCGUUGCGAUGAAUACAUGCGAACAAGAAUAUAGGGAUUUGGGACGCAAAAUCGCCACCGGACGUGCGAGACACCGAUAUUUAGAAAACCUGGGGAAGACGCAGGGUGAUGGAUCCAUGGAUGAAGAUGACAAGACAUGCGUUCUAUGUAGAUGCGACUUUUUGCAAGGUUUUAUCACCCCGUGUGGACAUAUAUUCUGUAAGGAGUGUUUGACAGCGUGGCUCGCUCGUAAAAAAGGCGGAGUGUGUCCAGUUUGCCGAGCCUCCAUUGAAAUGAGCGAGCUUCACCGUUUCACUAUCCAAGACGAGGUUCCUCCGCCCCCCAAACCUGUGUUGGCCAAAGGAGAACUGCCCUACACCUUGACUUCUAUAGGCCCAUCCCUGUUGCGUGAGAUACAGCAGAUAGAGUCGAUCGGAAGUUAUGGAAGCAAGAUUCAAACAUUGGUUAGGCACCUUUUGCAUAUUCAAGUGUCCGAUCCAGGCUCCAAAAGCAUCGUUUUCUCGGCGUGGGCCGAUUCGCUUCACAUUAUCGAGCACGCGUUUCGCCAUAACGGGAUUCCUUCUAUACGCCUCGACAAAACACAAGGGAAUAGCGCUGCGAAGAAAUUCCGUACGGACCCAACUCUCGAGGUGCUGCUGCUGCAUGGUGAGCGUGACAACGCCGGGUUGAACGUCACCUGCGCAUCGCGGGUUUUCCUCGUUGAGAGUGUUGUGAACCACGGCUUCGAAAUACAAGCUAUUGCCCGUAUCGACAGAAUGGGACAAAAACAUACUACCGAAGAUACGGUAGAGAAGAACAUUCUAGACUUGGCGGCGAGACAAGGCCUUUCACUGUAUACCAAGGACCAGUCAGCUGGGUCCAUCAACGUCACGCGCUUCGCUACGGAUGCAAGCAAGAAGCUGAUCGAGUCUCCAACGAAAGCGAGAACAAGCAAAAAGAACCAGUCAGCCCAAAAGGGGGACUUCAUCUUUAAGGUCGAUGAUAUGUUGGCUAUCUUGUUCCCUCACAUGUUCGAAGACAUUGAAUACCUCAUUCCGCCUGGUGCCGAGGAUCAUCAGCGGGAACUCCCACCUUCUUCCACCACUAACACCACUAACUCACGCCCACGCUCAUCCGGAACUAACGGUGUACACAUCAAUGCAGAGGCAGGGCCCUCUAGGAUCCCUAUGUAG